AUGAAGAUAAUUAUUUGGAAUAGCAGGGGUGCUCUGAAGCCCAAUUUUCAGAGUCAUGUUCGUGAUUUGGUUCAGAACCAUGAUCCUGCCAUUAUGGUAAUCAUGGAGACUAAGCUUGGUGGAGUUAAAGCCAAAGCAAUUACUGAUAGGCUCCCGUUUGACGGGGCCAUUCACACUGAAACAAUUGGGUACGCUGGUGGUCUUUGGCUUCUGUGGAACUCAGACAGAGUGGAAGUUAAAGCUUUAGCCAAUACGGAGCAGGAAAUUCAUGUCGAAGUUAAGGUACGUCCUUCUAACUUUACUUGGAUUUUUUCUGCAAUUUAUGCUAGUCCUAGAAGUGAGGAGCGACAAAUUUUGUGGGAAAAUUUAAAUAAGGUGGCAGAACUUCAUAACAUGCCAUGGAUUAUGGCCGGUGAUUUUAAUGAACCCUUAGCUGAGGAAGAUAAGUUUGGGGGGAGAGGUGUUCAUGUUAACCGUUCUCUAGCCUUUAAGGACUGCCUGGAUUCAUGCAAUAUGGUGGAUAUGGGGUUUUCUGGGCCGAGAUACACGUGGACAAAUAAAAGAGAGUUAAAUAAUCUUAUCCUUGAGAGGAUCGAUAGAUUCUUCAUGAAUCCGGAGUGGUGCCUGCUUUACCCCGAUGCAAGAGUCACGCAUCUGCCUAGAUGCCAUUCGGAUCAUUGUCCGGUUCUUAUGGAGACUCUUCCUGUUAGAAACAUCAAUCUUACUAGACCCUUUAAAUUCCAGGAGUUUUGGCUCACUGAUACCUCUUUUCCUAGUGUGGUGUCUCGGGCUUGGAGGGGGGGUAGAGAGUUGGCAGAGUGUAUUAACAUCUUUUCCAGGGAUGCGUCGGAGUGGAAUAAAACUCACUUUGGAAAUAUCCAUCACAAGAAGAAGAGAGUUAUUGCUAGAAUUUACGGGGUUCAGAAAGCUUUGGCUGCCUAA